UAUUUCUUUAUUUUUCUCCUCUCUCCCUCAUUAGUUUUGGGAGAAGUUGUUUUUCUGGUUUGUUGUUCUCCAUAAAAAUAACUCUAUACCUUGUAUUGAUAACUGUGAUAAGCUGAUCGCCAAUAAUCAAAUAAUAAUAAUAAUAAAAGAAAGAAAGAAAGAUGAGGUGCCUGCAGAGCUCAGGUGUGUCUAUUUUUAUUGAUGGAUUUAUUACAGCUCAUGAUAAAAUGCACUAUAUGCUAUAUAUACUAUAUAUAAGUUUGUGGCCAGCAGGUGGCGCUAAGGGUGCGCAGGAAAACCCACAACAAAACAAAAAAAAAAAGCAGCGAUCAAGGUCUAUGUUAGAACACGGGCUUUAAGCCACGCCCCCUAUGCUGCACGUCAUCCUCUCCUCUGGCCAAUGAGAUUUCACGUUCACAACAUCGACACGAUGACGGCUGAUGGAAGUCUUUGAAUUAAUUAACAAAUAUUUGUGAUAUUCUGAAUUUAGACAAAUGGAUUCGCCUUUUUUUUUUAAACUUAUCCAACCAAAUUAGGAUUUAAAAUGUUCAUUUAGAUAAUUAAUCCUUAAGUCCACACUCACCAGAACUGUUUUUUAAUUGGACAGAGCAGAUCUCAACAUCAGAACAUGCAAAGAGGGUUUAAAAAUGUAAAAUCCGCGUAAUUACGCACGGAUCCGUGCGUAAUUACGCGGAUUUUACAUGUUAAACCCUCUUUCCAUGCUUGGUUAAUAAAUUGGCUACAGAGUGUGUAACAAAAUAAAAACAAAGACCUGAGUCCACUCACACAAAUCCAGCUGAACACAAUAUUUUUGUAUUUUUUGGGCGCUCACGAGUGGAGAGUUUUCUCAAUAAAACGCACAAAAUGUUCCCUGAAAAGCUCAAAAAUCACUUGUCCAAAGACAAAGAGCCAAAGCCCAUCUCUCCUCUGGCAACACACACACACACACACACACACACACACACACACACACACACACACACACACACACUUCACACAGGCUUGUAAAAGGACUCCCCGCUCCUCUUUAUUCAGCUUGUAAAAGCAUGUUUCAAGUGCAGACUUUUAAAAAGCGAUGUGCUACAUCCAGGCCCGCCUGGCAGCAGGAUAGUCGGCCUACUAUCACAUUUCUGAGCACAAAGAAUUCUUUGAUUUAUUCCCUAUUACUGGGUAAAUACAGUCCAACCAUGUGAUCCUCGGUGUAACCAAUGGGCAGCCGAGAAGAAGGUAAGGGCAGGAAAAAAAAAUUACUACCAUUUUAGGGGAGGAUGUAAGCCACUAUACCAGCCCAUCUAACGUUUUACAGUCGCACUUAAGUGUCUUUUUAUUGAAAUAAUAAAAUAAACAUGUCGCUAACGAAUUAUUAUUCCAUGAUGGGGCUCCAGACCGAGGAGCCGUACGGUGCACAUUUCAUCCCGGGAGGCUUGCAGGGUUCGACGGCCGGCUGCGCAAAGCCAGCCCGUGGCGCGGAGGAAGAGGAGGGGACCCCCGGCUCACACAUUCCGGAUUUUUCACAUUUUUCCAACAAACAAACGAGUUUAAACGGCUUCUCUCCGUGGACAAACACCUCCACGUCCUCUUCAUCCUCCUCUCCGCAGCUACAGUCCACCCCAGGCGCCUCCAUCCCCGGCCUUUUUCACCCACACCACCUCCUGAGCCACCACCACCCGUACUACGGCCCGCAGACGCAGACGCACACCGAGCACCUCGCGUCUUCGGCCGCCACCGAGAGUAGAUUCGUCCGCUGCUGGGAGGGGGCGACUCCCACCUCGGAGACCUCUCUGUCACAUGCGUCCGCCGGCUUUCCCGCGGGGUGUCUCCCCGCUCAGGGUGACCUCUCCAAUCCGAGCGCGAGGUUUGAGGCGGUUAAACCCGAGAAUUCCCCUCCUCCGUCACACGACAGCCCCGUGGAUUCCAGCUUCGCCAGCCCGACCGAGGUGGUCCUGGAGCGGCUUGGCACCGUGGAGGAGCUGGGGAGGAAAGCGGAGCCCAAAAAAGAAGACGAGGAGAGAAAACCACAGCAGCAGCAGCUGGACCCGGAAAACCCCUCAGCCAGUUGGAUCCACGCCAAGUCCACCAGGAAGAAAAGGUGCCCGUACACCAAACACCAAACCCUGGAGCUGGAGAAGGAGUUCCUCUACAACAUGUACCUGACCAGAGACCGGCGCCUGGAGGUGGCGGGACUCUUAAAUCUGACAGAGAGACAGGUCAAGAUCUGGUUCCAGAACAGACGCAUGAAGAUGAAGAAGCUGAUGACCCGGGAGAGGAGGAAUGUGAAUGAAUGAUGGACUUUUCUUCUUCUCACGUUGGAGG